AUGCAGGCUCUCUGGCGACGCGGCACAUCUCUCUUCUCAACUCCGUCGGGGUCGCCCAAAGACUCCGGGGCAGCGGAAGACUUCCGAACAGCUCCAAGCCCCGACACGCUAUUCACGAAGGUCGACCCCGCCGUUGACGGAGAAGAAUGUCUCCACGACUGCGCUUCAUGUACCGUUCGGUACCCGGCGAAGUUCGACGUGGACCAGGAAGAUACAUUGUACGGGAACGUCAACGGAUGGUCGACACACCUGCUCGUCGCGACCGGGAAAACAGACUGGGUACGAGAUGUCGCGGACGAAGAAGGCAGUGUGAUGGAAGCGAUUGAGAAGGGGGGCCUGGAGCCCAGUAAUGGGCUGUCGGCCUCCAACAUGCCCGUGCCGGACGAAUACCACCACCACGACUCGGGAAAACAACCGACAACCGUCCUGCUCCUACCCAGCUUCACUAUUGUUGACCAUGUCACGCCGGCCCUGGCCUCUGACCUGAUCAAAUAUAUUGUCAAUCCCGCGCCCACCACCACGACGCCCCUGGGGGCUCUCCCGGAGCCAGUAUCCGCACCCACAUCAGACGACCAACCACAACAGCCACCACCACCACCCAUCGCAGACCUCCUAUCGCAGACGCCCCUCCGCUCGCGUCCCUGUCCCCACGCCGCGGUGAUCCUUCUCUGUUCCCAGCGCACGCGGGACGCCCGCUGCGGCCAGUCUGCGCCGCUUCUCCGUAAGGAAUUCGAACGCCACUUGCGCCCGCUGGGAUUGUACCGCGAUCUCGAUGACGAGCGACCCGGCGGCGUCGGCAUCUACUUCAUCAGCCACGUUGGGGGUCACAAGUAUUCUGCGAAUGUGAUUGUGUACCGCCGUCGCGAUUUGGAGUGGUACCGCAAACAGGACGGCAAAGAGGAGACAUCGGCGGAGGGAGAGGAAGGUGCGGCGCAGGGUAUCUGGCUGGCGCGCGUUCGUCCAGAGGACUGUGAGAAUAUCGUCCGGUACACAGUGUUGAAGGGGAAGGUGGUAAAACCGGAACAGAUUAGGGGAGGCUUUGAUCGGGAACGGGGCGUGAUGAGUUGGUAG